UUCACAUUGUGCAUUCGGGACGGUGGGUGAGUUGGUGCUCGUUUGAGUAUUUAAAGACGUUGAUCGUCCCCUCUUUGUUGAACUUGCUCUCCAUCUUUCAUCUCACAACAUCCAGUCUCAUCAAACUUUGCUUGACUUUUUACCUUAUCUUUCACUUGUAUAUCUUCACUUGACCAUAUACUCAGCUCAACAUGCCUCUCUCCGGACACUGCCUUUGCAAAGCCGUCACCUACAAGGUCGACAUUGACGCCCCUCUCCUCACUGGCUAUGACCACUGUGAUGAUUGCCAGCGUCAAUCGGGCUCUACCUACUCCCUUGUAGUCGUGGUUCCCAAGGACAAGCUUGAAGUCAAGGGACCCGUCAAGAAGUGGAAGGGCACUGCCGACUCCGGGAAUGCUGUCUGGCGUUGGUUCUGCGAGGAAUGCGGCUCUCCCAUUGCUCACGACCCCGAUGCCGCUCCCGAGAUCAUUGCCCUCAAGGGUGGUAGCUUGGAUACCGAGCUCAAGAAGGACUUGAAGCCUGACACCGAGAUCUGGACUGCCAGCAAGCUUCCCUUCUGCCAGGAGCACCUGGCGAAGCCUUUCGUGCACAUGCCCCAGUAAAUACUUGCUAUCUUUUCUAGUCAUUGAUUGAUCUGGCAUAGCGUUCGCAUAGCAAACUGGGAGGAUAGGUACUAGCAUAUGAAGGGGCUGAGAAGGCUGAUUAAAUGAAUCAACUCAACUUUAUAUAGCGAUGGCGAACCAGACGAAAACAAGAAGGAAUCCAAAAGCAAGGCCGUGUCCAAGACCCCAGCGAAUACGGGAACCAAGAUCUCCAAACCAGUAAAAUGGAAGAUACCUACCCCGGCGAAGACAGCUACAAGUAAGAAUAAGUCCACGACGCAAGCGUCCACAAGUAAGACCAAGCCCGCUAAUAAAACCAAGACCACGGCGGCGAGUAAAGUAUCCGGCAGUAAGGUAGCCAAGGAGGAUGUCACUGGGAUAAGACGGAGUCCACGUUGUAGACCCCAUGGCGGAGAUCCAUUCCCGAAGAGUCCCAUGCCAGAAUGGGUUUGACGAGAUGGGCCGUUGUUUGGUCCGCCAUCAAAACGAAGUCGAGGUAGGUGAAUGCUGUAAAACCACCGCAUACAUACUCCCUGUUUUACUGCCGAGGAAGUCUCCAUCUCCAGGUCCAUCUAUUGGGGCUACCGACCUGUAGGUUGACUCAACAUCGCUUGAAACUGAACCGUCGCGGACCAAGAACGUCGUGUAACAGUAAAAAAACAGAAAAAAAGUCAUUCAGGAGUUUCAGGAGUCAAG